CAAGCUUUUUGUACGUCCGCAGCACCCUUGCAAUUACUUUGGACAAGCGAAACAAGCGUUUCUCAAGUGCUUGGGCUUUGAUUCGGAUCGUGAUAAUUGUAACACCAGAAGACAUGCUAAAGAAGAUUAAUGGAAAAUGCUGCUAUAUUUUAGUUCCUUUAGACAGAAGUGUCUGCCUUUGUACAAAGAUCAAGGUCUUGGAAAGAGCAGCUGCUAGCCAUUUUAAAAGUGUAUUUGGAUGCCUUGAGAUUUUGUAAAUCACAUGAUCCUUUUAAGGACAGGUGUAGUUUAACCCACAAAAUGUUUGUUAAGCAAGAUUUAACCCUUCCUUAGUCUUCAAGUUGUCAAAUUGUAUCUUACCCUGUAUAUAGCAGCUUUAUAUUGAGCUGAGCUAAUGACUUCUUGCCUUGUCAUUAUAAGAACUUGCAAUUGCUAUUCUUCUAGUAAGGUGUUUCACAAUAUAUGACGGUUUGAUUGGUUACAA